CGUCAUGCAAGAGUCACGUGACCGACUUUAUAAACCACGCCGCUCAUCGGUGCGCAUGCGCGCAGAACCACGGCGGAAAAUUACACGGACUGGCAUCCCUUUACCGGUGAAAGAGGACCGCGUUUAUAAACGGCAAAUAAACCCGCAGGUAUCACGAUGAAGUGCAUGCUGACUCACCUAAGCCGCUGGGCCACGCCCACUCUGAGCCGCGCCUCCCACUCCGGCAUGCGCUCGUCCUCCACUGCAGCGUCUUACGCUAAACGUGAAGAGAGACUGCUCUCACCCGAGGAGGUGUUCUCCCGAGAGGAGCGAUACGGAGCUCACAACUACCACCCACUGCCCGUCGCCCUGCAGAGGGGAGAAGGGAUUCACGUGUGGGAUGUUGAAGGACGUCGGUAUUUUGACUUCCUGAGUGCGUACAGCGCCGUAAAUCAGGGUCACUGCCACCCCAAAAUCGUGGCAGCUUUGACCGAACAGGCGUCCAGACUCACGCUGACCUCCAGAGCUUUCUACAACGAUGUGCUGGGAGAAUAUGAGGAGUUCAUCACCUCUCUGUUCGGAUACAGCAAAAUCCUGCCCAUGAACACAGGUGUGGAAGGUGGAGAGACGGCGUGUAAACUGGCACGAAAGUGGGCGUACAGUGUGAAAGGCGUUCCUCAGUACCAGGCCAAGAUCAUCUUCGCAGAGGGGAAUUUCUGGGGUCGUACCAUGGCGGCCAUUUCCAGCUCCACUGACCCCAGCAGCUACGAGGGGUUCGGACCGUUCAUGCCCGGGUUCGAGCUCGUGCCCUACAACCACAUCCCGGCUUUGGAGAAAGCUCUCCAGGACCCUAAUGUUGCUGCGUUCAUGGUGGAGCCAAUUCAAGGGGAAGCCGGUGUCAUUGUGCCUGAUCCAGGCUACCUGAGGAAAGUGCGCGAGCUGUGCACCAAAUACAACGUUCUGUUCAUCGCAGACGAGGUACAGACGGGUUUGGCUCGUACAGGACGCAGGUUGGCUGUAGACCACGAGGGAGUGCGUCCGGAUCUACUGGUGCUGGGGAAAGCUCUGUCUGGAGGAAUGUAUCCUGUAUCUGCAGUGCUGUGUGAUGAUGAGGUGAUGUUGACGAUUAAACCAGGUGAACACGGCUCCACCUACGGAGGAAACCCUCUGGCCUGCAGAGUCAGCAUCGCUGCCCUACAGGUCAUGGAGGAGGAGAAGCUGGCAGAGAACGCAGCAACAAUGGGGAAGAUUUUGAGGGUGGAGCUUAACAAGCUGCCCAAAGAGAUUGUAUCGGUGGUGCGAGGGAAAGGCCUCCUCAACGCCAUCGUCAUCAAGGAGACUAAAGAUUACGAUGCCUGGCGAGUCUGCUUGCGUCUCCGUGACAAUGGGCUAUUAGCCAAGCCCACUCACGGUGACAUCAUCAGGCUGGCCCCGCCCCUCAUCAUCAAGGAAGACGAGAUCAGGGAGUGCGCAGAAAUCAUUCAGAGAACCAUCUUGUCCUUUUAAACAGCUCCUGACCUUCAGAAAUAAUUACACUUUAAACCAACAACAGACGAGUGUUUAACAGUUCAUACGUUUAUCAGCCAAGAAGUGAUGAAGUGACACCUAGGAAUGUGUCGGAGAGGCUGUUUAUUUUAGGCUAAGUCUAGUUUCUCGCCUCAGACCUUUUAAAUCCUUUAGUCUAGGACUAAUACAGAGAAAAAAACACAACUUUUUUGUUUUAUUGAGCAUAAAAUUGCUCAUGAUUAUUUGAAAAAAUAGCUUUAUGAUAAAUUAGGCCAGCUCGUGGUAGCAGGAAAUUGAAGGGUUGCAUUUGUGUGUGUGUGUGUGUGUGUGUGUGUGUUGCUCAUAUACCUGACUCAGGUGUGAUAAUACAGAUAAACAAAUUACAGAGCGUUCGGAGCUAUGAGGCUAAUAUAGCUAGCGAAUUAACGCAAGUCGUUAACCACCAGUUUAGCUUCCUGUGUGAACGUGUGUGGUUUAGCCAUGCAGAUUUAGCUUUAGCAUCAGGCUAAACUGGCGGUAUUGUUUGCCUUGUAGCUCUAAAUGCUUCACAUUAAACAAAUUGCCUUAAAGGAAUUCAUCUGAAAAUUAUGUGACGUAUUCGUGGAGGCGGACGAAGCUAACGUCUAGACUCGGCGAAUCGUAGUCUGAUGAAGUCGUAUGGGUUUUGCACAGAACUUCGGAAGAACCGUAGUGAAUGUAAUUCGUUACAAACGGAAAACUGACAAUGCUGGAAGAGAAAUUAAACGCUUUCUCGUGCAAAUGUUUACGUGAGGAACGCGUCUUUCUGCUGUUACAUUGCGGACAGAAAACCUGAUUUUUCUGUCUGUUAAAAAGAAAACUCGAAUGUGAAAUCCUCCGUCAUUUCUGAGAGAAACUUUAGUCUGUUGGAAAACAUUCCAUCUAUCGAGGAAGUCAUCAGUAUUCAUUCAGGAACUUUGGACCUUCUUUAUAACGAGAUAAAGAACUGGUUCAAACCUACACAAAAUUAGCCAAAUUAGCCACAUCCAACAAUGCUAAGGUAGCUAACAAGCACAAGAAGCUCAUAGCUACCAUUUUAGCACAAAGCUAAAGACAGGAAACGUCGUUACUGCUGAAAUAUUUUUGUUUUGUGUCCUGAAACGAAAUUUCUUGUAACCAAUCAUCAGUGUGCGUCUCUGGCUCCUCCCACUACUGAGUGAAAAGUCUCCCUAGACCAGAGUGUCUUUAUAUCCAUAUAUGGACUUCAAAUGUUUCUCUGAGCAGGCUGCAGACCGGUGGGCGUGGCUUUGAAUCAAAUCAAAUCAUCAUCUGAGUUUUUCCUGUGAAGGACAGAGCCGUUGGAGUUCCUCCUGAAGAGGGCGGUGUCUUUAUAGUUCUCUCUGGUAGAGGGCAGGGUUUCUGUCACUGAAGGGUGGAGACUUUGUGGUUCACUCUGUAGUGGGUGGAGCCUUCUUGGUUCUUAUUGUGGAGGGUGGAGCCUUUAACAUUCUUUGUGGAGGGCGGAGCCUUUGGAGUUUUCUUUGCUCUUUGCAGAAGGCGGAGUCUAAAUAGUUUUCUUCUGUGGAGGGUGGAGUCUUUAUAGUUUCUUUCUGUGGAGGGCAGAGUCUUCAUAGUUUCUUUCUGUGGUGGGCGGAGUCUUCAUAGUUUCUUUCUGUGGUGGGUGGAGUCUUCAUAGUUUCUUUCUGUGGUGGGUGGAGUCUUCAUAGUUUCUUUCUGUGGUGGGCGGAGUCUUCAUAGUUUCUUUCUGUGGUGGGUGGAGUCUUCAUAGUUUCUUUCUGUGGUGGGCGGAGUCUUCAUAGUUUCUUUCUGUGGAGGAUCCAGGUAUUUGGAGUUCUCUUUGUGGAGGGUGAAGUCUUAGAAAAGUGCAGGAUGUGCUUAUAAUCCCAGACUCCAAGACACGCCUACAUUCCCAUUUAUGGUCUUGAAGGCAGGUUCAGUCUGAGCUUUUCUCUUUGCAUAUUUAUUGCCUUAUGACACGCCCACAUUUCAGAUUCUAAACUGUUGAAUCAACUCGGAGGGAAUGUUUACGUGUCUCUGGAGUGGGCGGAGUCAGUCGUAGACGCACACUGAUGACAUAAGAUGGUCUGAUUGAUAAUAAUGAAGGUUUCACACUGCUGGAUUUGAUGGAAGAGGAGAACUGGGUAUACUGGCUGAGUGUUAGUGGAGUUUAUCCAGAAAUCAUCCAGGAGUCACACUUCACCUGAAACCGUGUUACAGAAUUAAAUCCACAGUGAAGAUCCUCUGAGAACAGAGUGCUAAUACACUAUAAUUUAUACCUAUGAUGUAUUUAACAUACAUUGUGUGUGUGUGUGUGUGUGUGUGUUGUUUAUCUGUUGAAUGCUGUAAUGAAGAAUCUGAAGUGUGCACAGAUUUCUGAGGAUAAAAUCCAGGUUAAAGCUCUAUAAUUAUUCAAAUAAAGCAGAUUUCAGCAGUGA